UAAUGUUGACUUAAACCGACCAAACCGGACUAAAUUUACUAAAUUAGAUUUCAAAAUUCAAGAAAGAGAAAAGCGGGUCAACUACUUUCAUAGGAUUCAGACCGGGAAGACAGCUGGGUGACUUUGAUUGGUGGGUGCAAUUGUAUUUAUAUCUAUAAAAAAAAAAAGUUUAUUUUAUGUUACAAUUUUAAGUUUACGCUUUGCUGCUGUUCUCUUCUCUCGAGCCCUCUCGCUGUCUCUCAGAUUCCGUCGUCAAGCAAAGCAAAGCAAGCUAUUUCGAUCCUCCUUGUCUGACGUCUGUGUAGAUUUUAGGUACAAUUUUAAUUUAUUGGUAUGGGUCGUAGAGAUUCGAUCAGCAAUUUACCAGAUGAGAUUCUCGGCAAAAUCCUGUCUUUAGUUCCGACAAAAGUAGCUGCUUCGACAUCGAUUCUGUCCAAGAGGUGGAGGAAUCUGCUGGGUCUUGUAGACAACCUUUGUUUUGAUGAUUCGAUUGUUUUUUCGUAUCCCGAAGAAGAAGAAGCAGCAACAAGUCGCUACUUAGAUUUCGUAGACAAAACAUGUGCUCUGUUAAGCUCUUGUCCCAUGAUCAAGAAACUCUCUAUAUGUCAUGUGCUUCCUACACCUGCCCGUUACGAUAUCUUCUGUUUUUUGGGACGUUGUUUCAACCGUUGGAUUUGGACUGCAAUGGAAUGCGGUUUGUUGGAACUACACUUGCACUGCAACUACAUCAAUGCCGGUUUCUAUCUUGAGAGAGACUUAUUAACGAGCAACACACUGGUGAAGCUCACAGUAUCCGGUGGAUAUUCUAUUCAAGUCGGCCGUGUGCUUUUCCCAGCGCUCAAAUCACUCUCUCUCUUAUCAACUGGGAUUGAAUAUUUCGACUAUUGUCGGCUCCUUGAUGGCUGCCCUGUCCUGGAAGAAUUAUUCAUAACUGAUACUGAUGAUUCGUAUCCACCGUGUUGCGGUGCGUUCGUGAAUAGUGCACCCGUCAAGCGACUUGUGGUUCUUGUCAAUCUUCCGGAUCAUCAUGAUAUCCACGACAUAACAUAUAUCGAUGCACCAAGUCUUGUGUACCUUGACUAUUCUAGCUAUGUCUUCGGAAAUUAUUCGUUUGUUGAUUUUGAUUUCCUUGUCGAAGCCAGGCUGAGUCUCAGGCUAUGGGAGUCAACUAACGAUUAUGAUUAUUCUGAUACUGAUGGUGAUGGUGAUGAUGUUGAUAAUGAUAAUGAUGAUCUUUAUGAUUAUGUUGCUGACAAACCGGCUAUAUUUGGCGAUGUUACAGAUCUAGUUGCUAGUAUAAGCAACAUCACGACCCUUCACCUGUCUCCUGAUUCCCUUGAGGCGAUUCAUUUCUGUUGUAAAUUCAUGCCGGUGUUCAACAACCUCCUUAAUUUAUCUAUCGAGAGUUACAAGGAAAAAGGUUGGCAGGUAAUGCCACUUUUGCUCAAGAGUUGUCCAAAUCUGCACACUUUAGUCCUCAAGGGUCUUGUGCACAGAGUAACAAAUCGAUGUGGAGAUGCAUGCCCUUGCAUCCUUGAGAAACAGAGGAAGAUUGUCAAGGAGGAAGAGGAAUUAUGUUGUUUAUGGACAUGUCAAGUGAAGAUUCUAGAGAUUUCAGAGUAUGGAGGUUCUUUUCAAGAGCUGGAUCAGAUGAGACAUUUCUUGGGAAAGUUGGAAUGUCUUGAAACUGUGAAAGUUAGUGUUGUGGACGCAGACAACAACAGCAAGCUCUUGCGAACUAAUCUGCUGUCUCUCCCCAGACUUUCAUCAGAAUGCAACAUACAAUUCAUCUGACAUUUUGUUUUUUACAUGUUAACACAGUAACUUAACAUGAAUGAAUAUGAGAUUAUUAUAUCAGUAAAGUUGGUUACAAUCUC